AUGUCGAAAACGAAGUCAAGUAAAAAAGACUUGAACUCCUACACCAUCAAAGGUACCAACAAGAUCGUAAGAGUUGGGGACCAUGUGACGAUGCGCCCUCCUGAUACGAACAAGGCACCAUACGUGGCUCGUGUUGAGAAAAUUGAACCUUGUCGUAAGAACGAUGUGAAGGUGCAUGUUAGGUGGUACUAUAGGCCUGAAGAUUCCAUUGAGGGACGUAGGAGAUUCCAUGGGGUGAAAGAGUUAUUUUUGUCUGACCAUUAUGAUGUUCAAAGUGCUCAUGCCAUUGAAGGGAAGUGCGUUGUGCACUCUUUCAAGAACUAUACCAAGCUUCAGGAUGUAGCUGCUGAGGAUUAUUAUUAUAGGUUUGAGUACGAGGCUGCUACUGGAACUUUCACACCUGAUCGUGUAGUUGUGUACUGCAAGUGCGAGAUGCCUUAUAACCCAGAUGUACUUAUGGUGCAGUGUGAGGAAUGCAAGAAUUGGUACCAUCCUGCUUGUGUGGACAUGACUGCUGAAGAUGCAGAAAAGUUGGAGCAAUAUGUUUGCUCAGAAUGUUCAUUUGUUGAUGAAAUGAAGAAAUCUCAAGCUAAAGUUGCUCUAUCACCAAAAACUGAUAGCGAGAUUAUUGAGCCCAAGCGACAAAGAAUAUAA